AUCCUCCGAAGAACGUCUCAGUAUCAGUGAGCACAUCUGGUGAAAUAGUGGAGGGCAGUUCAGUGACUCUGACCUGCAGCAGCAGCGCUGCCAACCCACCAGUGCAGAACUACACCUGGUAUAAGAAUAAUAGAACUAUAUCCCCAUGGGGAGGAUCCAGUUACACCAUUAAAAGCAUCACACUGCAGGAUGCAGGAGAAUACUACUGUGAGGCAGGGAAUGCGAUUGGGAGGAAGAGAACUCCUCCUAAACAUCUUGAUGUGCAGUAUCCUCCGAAGAUCGUCUCAGUAUCAGCGAGCCCCUCUGGUGAAAUAGUGGAGGGCAGUUCAGUGACUCUGACCUGCAGCAGUGAUGCCAACCCACCAGUGCAGAGAUACACCUGGUAUAAGAAUAAUAGAGCUGAACUCUCAUGGAGAGGAUCCAGUUACACCAUUAAAAGCAUCACACUGCAGGAUGCAGGAGAAUACUACUGUGAGGCAGGGAAUGGGAUUGGGACAAAAACAUCUCCUCCUAAACGUCUUGAUGUGCAGUAUGCUCCCAAGAACACCUCAGUAUCAGUGAGCCCCUCUGGUGAAAUAGUGGAGGGCAGUUCAGUGACUCUGACCUGCAGCAGUGAUGCCAACCCACCAGUGCAGAACUACACCUGGUAUAAGAAGAAUGACAUUGGUUUCUGGCAGGCAGGAUCUGGACAGAGUUUGAACUUUUCUAACUUUGGAUCCUGGAACAGAGGACAGUACUACUGUGAGGCACAGAACAGACUUGGAGCUCAGAAUGCUUCUGCUCUACUUGUCACAGUGCAAGGAGGUCAGUCACUGAUCGUGGCUGCAGCUGUGGGAGUGGCUGCCAUUUUGGCUCUUGUGUUUCUGGGUGUUGUGUGCCUGAGGAGGAGAAAAUCAACAAAAGAGACAGAAGGGGACAGGCAGGGGAAUAAAAGCCCCAUUUAUGGCAACAUCUCAGGGAUGGCAAUGAGUCACACUGGAACACAGGAUAUGGACAGAGACGACGGUGAAGUUCCCCUCUACGCCUCUGUUCAGCCCGCUAACACCCGCAACCAGGAAAGACUUCUACCCUCCACUGUUCAAAAGCCACUCCCCCAGUGUGAGGAGGGUGUUCAGUACGCCAGCAUCCAUUCCGCCCCUCCAGUGCUGCCCCCAG